AAAUGAUAUGUAUUGUAUAUGCACUUGUGUAAGUAGGGCCUCUUCUCAAACUCUAACCCGCUUGUAAUACUAAAAAGCGCCGGAAGUAAAGGCUUCCUUCCUUCGCCCCUUUAUAUAAAUACAUUGCAAUGCCUUUGUGGUAAACUCAGACCUCCUCAACCCUUCUUCCCAAAUCCCUUUGAGGAAGAAGAAGAAGAAGAAAAACCCAUCACAGCCAUAACAACAACAUCAACGCUCUUUCUCUUCCCCUCCUAAAAUGUUGGCUGACAAAGGAAAGAAACCUAAGGUUGCUUCAGUUGAGGAAGCUGAACCCGUUGACGACGAGCUCGUUAUCUCAAUCGAGAAGUUGCAGGAGACUCAAGAUGAGCUUGAAAAGGUUAAUGAAGAAGCCAGUGACAAAAUGUUGGAAGUUGAGCAAAAGUUUAAUGAGAUACGAAGACCUAUGUACUUAAAACGGAAUGAUGUUAUCAAGACCAUUCCAGACUUUUGGUUGACUGCUUUCUUGAGCCACCCUGUACUCUGUGAUAUUUUAACUGAGGAAGACCAGAAGAUCUUCAAGUAUUUGGAUUCUCUUGAUGUGGAGGACUUCAAAGAUUUAAAAUCGGGGUACUCCAUAACAUUUAAUUUUACGGAGAAUCCUUAUUUUGAAGACACAAAGCUUACAAAAUCCUUCUCAUUCUCCGAUGAAGGAACAACCCAGAUAACCGGUACUCCUAUCAAGUGGAAACAGGGCAUGGCUGCUCUAGUUAAUGGAGUUAUUGAUGAGAAGAAAGGAAAGAAGCGAUCCAUUGCUCAUCAGAGUUUCUUUAGUUGGUUUUGUGAUGCUGAUCAGACAGAAGUAAUAGAGCUUCAGGAUCAGGUGGGAGAGAUAAUUAAGGAGGAUUUAUGGCCCAAUCCUUUGAAGUACUUCAAUAAUGAGGCUGAUGAAGAGGAUUCUGAUGAUGAAGAAAAUGAUGAAGAGGAGAUCGGGGAUGAAACCGACGAUGAAGAAUGAGAAAGCGGAAAAACCAUCUGUAGUGCUUUUCAGUUACUCCCUUAAGAAUGGAUUGCGGCAAAUACUAUAGUAGCAAUAUUUGUUUACCUUUCUAGUUUUAACUUAUAAAAUUUUACUCAUGACAGCUUACCUCAAUGCUGCUCUCUUUUCUUUUUUUUUUUCUUUACUGGUCUGCUGUGGAUUUAUUAUUUAAUAUUUAGGCUAGUUGGUUUCAUUGUUAUUAAAUUUUUUGUUCUGUUUUUAAUGUUGAAAACGAUAAAGAAUCAGAAUCAUCAGAUAUGGUAGCCUGCGUUUGUUUAUAAACAAAAUGGUUUCAGAGUUU